UUUGGUCUCCGGUACACUGGAAUGUGACGGCGACGACCUGUUGGUGGUUGUUAAACAGAAAGUCCAGAACUUCAUGACGGUGGGCUUUGGGCGGAUUUGACUUCGCUCCGAUUGGCCCACCGAACCGCGGCUUCGGACAGGGCAGGAAGCUGCACCUCGCUGUCGCCUCAUCUUUGCCUCCACCCACUCGAACAUCACUAACGAUUGUUUGUGCUUAUCAACUUGACCUCUUCACCAUUAUCAUCACGAUGCAGUCUACACGCACCCUCCUCCGCCUUCCACGCCACCUCUCCCGCCGCGCCAUCCCGUUUCGCGCUCUCAGCACCACCACACCGCGCCUCUCUGCGCCAUUCCCCACUACUCCAGCGCCGCCACGCCUCCCAAAAGAAGAGCAAGAGAUCUUCGAUCGCCUGCAGAAGCAGAGCACCGGGGCGUUCAGCACGCCGCGCGACGAAUCAGCCGCCACUCCCGCUACACCCACAUCAGUCUCUUUCUCUGCCGCAGAUGUACGCGCCCGAAUAAACCAGUCGCCCGAUAGCAGCGCAGGCGAGGUGAGGAGGAUACCAGAGGGCGAGGAAGUACACCCCAAUUUGAGGAGAGGUGCGCCUCCGGAGUUUGAGGGCGAUGUCAACCCAAGGACUGGAGAAGUUGGUGGGCCGAAGGUAGAGCCUCAGAGGUGGGGAGCUACGGGUGAUUACAGCUAUAAUGGGCGAGUUACGGAUUUCUAAGGAACACGUGCAUGGGUGCAGUCGAAGGAUUUAGACUGGCGAGAAUUCGCCGUCGGGGGGCGAUGUAUGAUAGUGAGCCCUUGUAC